AUGCCUCUGUCGGACAGUGCUCCCUUCGAUUUCCCAGCGAUCGGAUUCAGUCUUCACUCGAUCAAUGCCCACGGUACUACGUAUCUGUCGGUACGAGUCGACUACGACCCGCUCAAUUUCGAGUCCUUUUCGGAGGACGCGAUUAAGUGGUAUCAAUGGGUAGAUGAUAAGUUCGUUCUUUAUCAUAUCCACCCACCUCGACCACCUCCUGGAUGCCCCGAAGGCCCACAUUCACAUGACGGAGGAUUCUUCGUAAAAGUCGAAUUCGCGACUUGGCUGCGAAACUCGGUUCCCGUGGAUCGUCCGCGUUGCCAAUGCAACCCGUGGUACGAUACUCCUCUCUACGAUCAUUCUGAUCCACCGGAGUGUCAAGCCCUCGCGUUCGCAGCGGCAAUCGCCGAUGGUCUUCGUGAAGGAAAAAUGAUGGAGGAUAUUAAUAUCGAGGCUCAUCUCUUUGAGCUGCCCUCGACUAGUCGUACCCAAAAUUAUUGGCCCUCGGAACCCACCCGCGCUGAGACCCUGUCUGGAUUAUCGUCUCUGAGAAGAGCAUUUUCAACCUGGAAUCUCUAG